CAGGCCAGGGGCGGCCCUCCAGCCAGCCUCCGAGGCCUGCCAGCCCCGGGCUCGUCUCCAAGCGAAGCAGUGAGGAGGUUGCCUUCUGCCCCUGGGCGCUCCCCCAGGCCCCGGAGUCUUGGUCCCUGGUCUCCUUGGCCCCAGGCAGGUCCUGUGGCCCGGUAGUCAAAUCCCAUGAGUCAGUAGCACAGCAGGCAUCUGUCCCCAGCCACACAUGCACACUGACACGCUCACGCAUGCCCACGAGGGCACACAGCCCCCGCUCAAAUUCAGAGUCCACCCUUAGUCACCCCAACAAGUCCCUCCCUGGCCCUACCCUGGAACAUUCCCUCCUCCGGAGGCCCUGGUGCUCUGAGGAAGGCUGGGGGCCGACAGGCUGCGGUACUGUCCACACAGACGGGCCCCCUCCCCAUGCAUCUCUCUCCUGGUUGCUGGGGAGGCCAGAAGGGAAGCCCCCUCGCCUGGGCCCAGCAUCCACCGUCCUUGCCUCGCCUGGGGUCUCAGGCAGGCCCCUGCUGUGUCCGUGGUGCUGCCGUGUUGGUCACUGAUGGACUAAAGAGACGACUGGCGUCCAGAGAAGUCGGCUGCCAUUUGUUCCAGGAUCAUGGCUUGGGGGAGGGGCAUGUCUCUGGGUGCCCGUCCUUGGAGGGACAUGACCAAGAGGCACCGGUGUGGCAGGCGGCAUGUGUAGCAAGCAAGGCCAAAAACACACUCUGUGGCCUCAGGGCACCGUUUAAUGUUGCCAGGCCACUGAGUUAUUCUCAGAUGUCUGAGGGGUGUGCUCCAUCUGGUUCCUUCAUUACUAUUCAACUCAGUGUGACAAACAUUGAUCCACACCUACUUCGUGCCAGACGCCACACUAGGCAUGGGGACCCACAGCUUUAUCCCCCAAGGAGCGCACAGGGAGCAGAGGAAACAGCUUGGAAAGCACUAGAACGUUCUGGAACCCAGUUGAAGGAUGGCUUAUUCUGCCUUAGGGGAAGAUGGGGUGAAGAAAGCAGGAGGAUGAGCCACGGAGAAGAGAUGAUGUUCAUGUUGGGCCGGUUAAGAGUUUGUGCAGGUGCUGGGGCCCCUUCCUGUCCCCCCUUGGUCUGCCUGGAGAGGAAGCGGGGACAGGGGUGUGGGGGGGGGGCUGGCGGUUCCCCUGGGCCUACAGGGGCUGCAGGUGCCACCCUCUCCAAUGCACACACGUGGAGCCCAGAGCAAGCUGUGGCCGGGUGAGAUACAGCCAGCCCACGUGGGAGCCGCGUGUGUGAAUCUGGGUCCCGGCCCAUCUUCAGAAAAUGGCUCACAGGGAAACAGGUCCUGCUCUGCUCGGCUCAGUCCUUUUACUGUCAGUUUUCAGACAAAACUGUCAGCUUGGGUUCGUUGAGCUUUUUGAAAGCUUUCCAGGUAUUUAGUAAAAUCUGGGGAUUUUGUGGUUUCAUAUUUUAUCUUUACGGGAAAGCCAGCGUGGAACCUGAGUGUGCAAUAAAGAAGCUAAGGGAAUUCAGUGCGGCCUGUGGAGGGGUGGCGGGAGCCCACCGCCUUCCCAGCCCCUGUGGGGAAGUGUGUUGAGGGGCUGGGAUUGAGGAAGUGGUCAGCUGCCGCUACUGCUGCUUGGGUUGGUCAGGGGUCCGGGUGGUAAGUGGGAGGGCGUCUCUCCCUCACGCCAGUUCUCACCAGCAUCUUCCCCUCAAAGAUGAGCUCAUUGCUUUCCACGUGGCACCUCAUUUAAGUCUCUCAGAAAGACCCUGAGGCACGUAAUGCUGCCACGGGUGACAAAACGUCCUGGACGGGGUGGGCUAGAGCUGUGCUCUCAUCCUGUCCUGUGGGUUCCGGCGGGAAGAAGGGCGCCACGACGUGGGUGGGGAGGGAGAAGUGUGGGACGGCAGGGACCCAGGAACCCGGGCCACUGGGAUCUUAGUUCUCAUUCAAUAUGCACAGCCUGCUGCCUCAAGGCACACUGGCAGAUGAGCUCUCUAGCCUUGGGCUUGCCCUGGGACCGCACAACAAUUCUAAGUCCGGUAGAGCUAAGAGGAACUCUGACCCAAGGUCAUGGGUGUUUUAAGAGCUCUCUUAUCUGUUCCCACGAGGAAGACCAAAACAAAACACUGGCACGCCAAACUUCAGAAACGUUGAGUAUUCUUCCAAAGGUUAUACACCAACCAGGCACCCGCACCUCCCCCGUGGGCGGAGCCAGGCUGGGUGGGCGGGGCCGCGGAGUCGGGUGCAAUUGGGGCCGGCGGCCACAGGUGGCAGCACGGAGGCCGGACGCUCUGCCGGUUUCGGAGCUCGAGCUGGCCCCCCCUCGGUGGAGCGUAGGAGGAGGUGUUGGGGGCAGGCCCAAGGGACCACCCUUACUCCAGCCCCACUCCUCAGCCCCUUUGGAGGAUUUGCCCCUGGAGUUGAGAAGGUGCUUGGCUGGGAGCCUGGGCGGCUGCGCCCUGGGUGAAUUUGACCCCGCACGGCAGCCCUGUCCUCGGCGUAGCCCCUGGAGCCGGCAGGAUGCGGGUAGAAGGCUGGAGCACGCACACCAAGCCCAGCUCGAGCUCCCUGGGACUCCUUCCAGGACAGCAGCAGCCCUCAGUGACCACUCCCUCACCCCAGCAACUCCAGCACUUAAGACUGAGCCUCCUCUCACACCUCCGGAGUCUCUCGGAAGUUUUCAUCUGUGACUCAUCUCUAAAGUCAUCUGACCGCUCUUGGCAUCUGACUAUAAGCCCCUGGAUAGCAGGGAUUAUGUGUCACUGGCCUCUUUGUAGCACACACAGCAUGUGCUCAAAAAAAAUUGUUGUAUAUGACAAUAAGAUUGCCCCCAAAUGUCAUCUCUGAAACUCUUUGCCAUGGUGGGAGACAGCAGUGGCCGGCCAUCAUAAGAGGCUCGUCUUUUUGGCUUUGGUGGGCGUGGCCUUUUGGCUUUGGUGGGCGCGGCAUGGUUUUAGAGGCCCGGCAAGAUGCACUCUUUAGUUUGUUUUGCUUCAGUUAAGUUAGCUCGCUCACAUUCCCUAAGCAUGUAGAUGCUGGGCGGGCUGAGUGGAGGUGACAGGGAGCAUCCGGGCCGUGAGGGAGGGAGAGCUGCCUUCGCCUCCAGAACAUCCUCUGCAUCACACACAGAGCCCCGCUGGCGAGGGCAAGGAGCUGGCUGCGAGUGGAAACCAGGCCCGGGGAGGGUUUCCAUCAGUGACUGCGGUUGGCGGCUGAAGAUUCCUGUGGUCACCAGGAUAAUUAUGCUAACAUCACUGUGCUGUUUGUGAAAGACGACCUGGUUUCCAGAAAUGCCCACUGUCUGCUGUGUAUUUACAUCAGGAGGGGGUGGAGGUAGAGGAGGUAACUGCUCUUUCCUUAGUCCGUAAAGACCUCCAAACUGGGAGCAAGUAUGAGAUUCAAACAGGGGUCAUCCAGAAAACCUCCUGCCGUGCCCAUCAGAGGUCCCACGUCUCAGCCUGGAGUGGACACGCACUUUGCCUGACUCAGAAGACCUGCCCGAGUCUAGUCUGGGGCCAGCUCUACCAACAGGCAGAUGUGUAGCUCAGGCUGCUGUGCUCAACCUCCCUGACCCCAGGCUUCACCUCUAAUAUAAAGUAGAAAUCGUGCCUGCCCUGCCUACCUCACAGGGUUCUGAGAACUGUAGAUGUUAGAAUUUCAGGGAUUAGAAAUUAUCGACCCCAUUCUCACUAUCCAUGAGACCACGAGAGGUUAAAUAACACGUCCAAGGUCACGCAUCUAGCCACGCAUCUAGUGGCAGAGCUAGAUCUCAGGUCUUGUGGCUCCUCUAUUCAUUGUUGAUACUAUUAUUGCACGUAUCAUGCUUUGUUUGUUUACCUGUCCACCAUCCACGCAGAAGUGUAAGCCCCUAGAGGGCAGGGAUCCACUCUCACGCCCCUUUUUUCUCUAGCGCCUGGUACAUACUAAAGGUGCUCAAUAAACGUGUGUUGACCUAAACUGA